CCCCUUCACGAGCUCCCCUCCUCCGCUCAGGGAAACUCUCAAAAACACACUCCACCACAACCUCCACCUUCAGAGCCCUUAAGAGGAACACACACACACACACACACACACACACACACACUCUCAUAUGCGCGCACACACACAUGCACACAUGCACUGCACACUCUCACGCGCACGCUCUCAGUGAAAGUCAGGGCGCGAGCAUGGCGCAGGGGCACACCGCUCCGCGCGCCUUUCCGAAGCGCCGACUUUAAUCGGAUCGACCUCUAGUCUAGUGUGUGUGCGUGUGUGUGUGAGACAGAGAGUGUGUGUGUGUGAGCGUGUGUGUGUGUGUGUUCUGUCCCGAUAUGAAGCGGAGCUCAGCGCUCGGAUGGCUGCUCUUCUGGACUUUAUUUCCAGCAGGAUUAUUAUUAAACCAGGAGAAACCGAAACACUGCAGCAAGGAUGAGACGAGAGCGCUGAACUCCUUCCUGUGGACGGUGAAACGUCCUCCUCCUCAGCCGCCCUCCUACCUGUUCGGCACCAUCCAUGUGCCGUACACACGCGUGUGGGACUUUGUGCCUGAGAGCUCGAAGCGAGCCUUUCAGAGCAGCACGAGCGUGUUCUUCGAGCUGGACCUCACCGACCCUGUGACCGUGUCCAAGCUGGCCAGCUGUCAGCUCUUACCUAACGGCGAGAGCCUGAGGAGUCUGCUGCCUCGGGACAUCUACCUCCGGCUGAAGCGCCACCUGGACUACGUGAGGCACAUGAUGCCGGCGUGGGUGAAGUCCGAGCAGCGCUUCUACGCUGACUACCUGUUCAAGGCCAUCGCGGGAGACUGGGAGCGCAAGCGGCCCGUCUGGGUGAUGCUGAUGGUGAACUCGCUGACGGAGUGGGACGUGAGGUGGCGUGGAGCUCCUGUGCUCGACCUGUUCCUCGCCCGCGAGGCCGAGCGCAUGGGCAAGAAGACUGGAGCUGUGGAGGACGUUGAGGAGCAGUGUCACCCGCUGAAUCGACUCAGCUUCUCCCAGGUUCUGUUUGCGCUGAAUCAGACGCUGCGGCAGCAUGAAGGUGUGCGUGAGGGAAGUGUUCAGGGUCCUUUCACCACCGAGGACCUCAUCACACACUACAACUGUGGAGACCUCAGCUCCAUCAUCUUCAACCAUGACACCUCACAGCUCCCUCACUUCCUGAACAGUUCUCUGCUGGAUCACGAGCGCUCCACGGCGCAGCAGAUCGACAGCUACCUUCGCCAGGAGCUCAUCUACAAGCGCAACGAGCGAAUGGCACGCCGCGUCUCCACCCUCCUUCAGAGGAGCCCCUCCCAGAGCUUCUUCUUCGCCUUCGGCGCCGGUCACUUCCUGGGCAACCACAGUGUCCUGGACAUCCUGCGGCACGAGGGCUAUGAGGUGGAACACACACCGGCCCAGGAGCUUGCUACACAGAGCUGGCCAGAGAUGGAAGGUACCACUGUGACGCAGAGCGGGGGAGGUCCUGAGCCUGUGACUGAGGGGACAUCAGAACCUCCUGAGGCAGAAGAGGAGCUGCCCCACCUGCUGGAGCCGGACAGUCUGAGUCAGCUGGAGGAGUUUGGGAGACACCAGCGCCCCCGGAAGGCCCAGAGGCCUCACAGCAGGCAGCGUCUCUUCAGCGACCUGUGGGUGCGAAUCGGAUACAGCACGACUUCACUUCCGAAUAUACAGAGAACCAACGACUACGUGACGACGAGAACUUCACUAAAGCUGCAGGAAGAUCAGCAGAGGAGAAGAUCAUCACUCAGUCAUCCACAGGAGACUCCGCCCCCCAGUGCUAGGGGAUUAGCCACGCCCACUCCUGGCUACACGCUGCCUUUUAUGCUCACGUGCCUUCUCACACAAGUGCUGCUGCGCUUCACGUCUUGACCACAAGAGGGAGCCAAAAACCACACAAUUCACACACGAAAACAUUAUGAACAAUAUAGACAAUUGUUUUUGCAAUAAUAUAGGGUGCAAUUUAUAUAUAUAUAAACAGCAAGAAAAGCCUUAUUCGAAAUUAAAUACACGUAGAGGUCACGUGGCACACAUUUGAAGUGAUCUGAUUGGCUGAUUCACAUAUGGACUAAGAAACAUCAUUUACCACAAACCAAAGCUGAGUCUACUGGUCCUUUAUACUCUUUUAUACAAUUCACAAACAUUAAUAAGAUUAAUUAAACCGAUCUAAAGCUAAGAACUUAUUAACUGUCGCUCGUAGUGCCUCUGAUGAAACAAAUCCAGUAAGUGCCUCUUCUAGUGCCUUAAAGUUUAGUUUCGGUGAAAUGCUGCUCCAUAAAUACAAAAAAAAACCAUCUUCCUUUGAAAAAAAAAACAAUAUGUCUAAGACUAUUUAUGACAAAGAAGAUUAAGUCAUGAAUAAAACACUGCUUUUGUGCUGUUAUAGGAAAAUAAUCACUGACAGGAUGGUGUGAUGAAGCGGCUUUACGGUUACCACACAAAAGCUGAUUAAUUUCCUUUAACAGCACAUCCUGAGGUGUUGUAUUCCUCUGACACCACAGCAAUUUGCCAACUAUUACAAUUUUUAAUAAAUUUAAAACACGUCAUACUUUUUUUAUCCAUUUAUAGUUACGUUUAAUGUUGUAGAAUGGCCACGAAACAAGUGUUCACUUAUGUUAUAGCAGCUAUAAUCAGCCGUUCCAUCGCCAGCCUCUCUCGAAAUUAAUACAACAACAACAACAACAACAACAACAAACCCGCAGCUUGUCAUGUUACAGAAAAACCACAAACUAUAAACUCUGUAAACUCUGACACUGGAGACUCCUUCCAUAAAUCUUAAAUAAAUGUCUCCUUAGAGAAAACGUCACCAUAUCAACAGUUGCACACGUUUUUAAAAAUCUGUUUAAUGUGGAAUGUUUUCUGUACAUGACCAUGUAAAUGAGCUGUUACUAUAGAAACGAUAACGUAUUAGAACGAGCACAUUAAUAUAAACCUGAGAUUUGCAGCUGCACUACUGUCCGAGCUGCUGUUAUAGAAAACCUUCUGACCAAUCACAAUCCAGAAUUUUACAGUGCCACAUUAUAUUACUAAAUGCUGUAAUAUGGAUGAACAAGUUUUACGCAAUAAAUCCACCAUCUUACAAAUAAAAUGAUGCAAUGCAAAAAAACAACGGACCUUUUAACACCUAAAACAACUCAAAGGGAAACAUAAUAAUAAUAAUAAUAAUAAUAAUAAUGAUAAUAAUAAUGUGAUAACUGACAGAAUUCACACAUUUAUGUUUUGUACAAUUUGUUCAUAAAGAAAUAUUGUAUAUUUAUUAUUUCUUGGAGAGUAUAUUUUCAUGCAUUUGUCAAA